CAACCGACACAUGCAGGAGGUCAAAAAUAGUCAGCCCUUCAGGACUAGAAACUUCACAAGCCACAAUGGUACCAUGGUAGAAGUAUCAUUUAAAAAGUUCAUGCUUUUAACAAGGACUAUCCCCAGAGAAGAGGACAGUAAACACAGAGGAUAGUAUAAAUAUUCUGCUUGAAAAACUGUCAAAAUGGCAGAGGUUUUGGAUCAGUUUAUGGAAUUCCAUUCAGUUCAUGGGACAAAUGUGAGACUGGACCCCUCGAGGACUCAAGCCACCCGAGUAGAAAGUUUUGCAAAUGGCGUCUGCUUCAGUAAAGGCCCUUUAAGCCCUGGAGAGAUCUUCCUAGUGGAGAUUGAAGAGAAAGAGCUGGGUUGGUGUGGUCAUUUAAGGAUUGGACUUACUGCCCACGACCCUCGAACACUGGAAACUGUGCCAGAAUACUCUCUGCCUGAUCUAGUGGAUAUGGGAGACAGCUGGGUAUUUGCAAUAACAAGAAAUCAUAAUAAAGUCAUUGAAGAAGGAGAAGUAGAAGGUGGUGAACAGCCAAAUGUUGGUGAUGAGGCAGAAAACAAGCCUAAAACAUUUUUCACAGACACUCACCUAUAUAUAGAAAACAUAGGCAUACCCAGAGACAAGUUGGUGGGACGCAGUCGACCCGGGAGAUUCAGUCACAUCCUGGAUGAUCUGUACAAAACCAACGCUCUACCCCCCACUGCCCGUCGCAGUCGGAUAGGGGUUGUCUAUGUACCUAAGGGACAAGGGUAUGCCGACAUGCACAUUAUCGUCAAUGGUGAAGACAUGGGAGCCUCUGCCAAGAGGAUCCCCACCAAUAAGCCGCUGUAUGCUGUUGUGGAUGUAUUUGCAGCUACUAAAAGUGUUCGGAUUGUCCAGGUGGAAUAUGGAUUUGCCUCACUGCAGACACUCUGCCGAAAGACAAUUCAGAAACACAUCAUUCACAGAAUGGCUUUGGACUGGUUGGAACUUCCGGAGUUACUUAAACACUAUUGCAAAUAUGAGUGAGCAUAACCUAUUAAACAUAUGAGCAGCAAAGCUCUUUAAGACUAAAUGUGGCUGGAAUUUAUUUAUUUUUUCUUCUCCCACCUCUUCAACCAAAAAAAAAGAAAGAAAAAAAAAAAGUUCUUUAAGGUUUGUAGCAUUUACAGUGUUGCUAAAAUUUGCUAAUACUCAUUUUCAGUAGUACUUCAGUGAAUCUUGAAUUUUAUAUUCUGAGACUGUGCUCUUUUAGUGAGCCAUAAAUGCAUAAGCCCUGUAAAGCCUGGCAUAUUAAAUAAUAGUCUAAAGAAAUGUUUAUUACAGUUUAGAACCUUAGAUAAAAUCUUGAAAAAAAAAAAACUUUAAAAGAUUGUUUUAUGUUUUAUAUGUAUAUGUGAUAAAUCAGGUUUUUAUGGCAUAUACUGAUAUAGUAAGAAAAUGGAGCUCAUACUCGAGGAGGAGAAAAAAAAACACUUAAUUUUAUUCAGAAGCCCAAACUGAGCAAAACAGUUUGCUGCAGGUACUGUUAUUUAUAAUGCCAAAGAUGCAAAUUCUGAUAGCUAACGUAAAUCACUGAGACCUUAACAAAGUACUAAAUUAAAUACAAAUAAAUAUCUGUUGUCACUCUACCUAUAGCUCCCAAUGCAGGCCUAUGUCUUAUUAAGAUAAUUAUUAGAAACAUAAUUUAGAAAUAUUAGUUUUACAAGAAUAAAAGCUCUGUGGUUUUAUUGUGGGGGGUAACACAUCCUGCAAUGCAAUACCGUGAUAACUGAUACAAAUAAAUGUUCCUCAAAAUGUGUAAUAAUUGCUAUACACGAUUUUUCUUUCUUUCUUUUUUUCUAAUUUGUAUCACGUAGAUAAUUUAGAGGCCUCGUGUAUUAAACAUGAUACAGUAGGCUUUAUAGGGUUAAAUGUCAGCAUGCCAUAUUUAAAUGUCAACAAGUGACGUUUCCCUUGUGUUUGUAAAAAUCUUAAUUCAAAAUGUCUUUUCUUUGCCAUUUGUAAAUUAGUAAAUAAAGGUAGCUGAAUUUUCA